AAAACUUGCAAAACAAUCGGAUUACACUCCUUGUGAGAAAAACGAUCUCAUUAGCAGAACAAAAGUAUCCGCUAUUUUCCGAGAGCUUCAAAAGAUUAACGCCGUGAAGCGCAUCCAUCUAGAAUUGGCCAAUGGCAUGACUCAACAGGAACAACAGCAAAAGUUUAUCCACCUCCAAAAGAACGUUUUCGAAUGA